UUUUUGAUUGAUUAAUGUGAUGAUUUUAUAUUGAUUGAUUGAUCGAUUUCGAAAAAAACUGCCGCACAAUUUUUCUUUGAUAUUAAUAUGGAUCCAUUAUCAGAAAUUACAGAAAAAUCACCGAAUCAAAUCAAUAUGGAUGAUAAUAAUGAUGUGGAUGAUGAUGAUGAUAAUGAAAUUCCAUCACCAUUACCCAUCAGUAAUAUUGAAAAUCAACAACAAAAUCAAUCAACAACUAAUCUAUCACGUACUGUAUCGAUAUCGAAUCUAUCACGUGUUAGUUCACGUAUUGAUAAAACAUUUCGGCAAAUGGCAUCACGUAUACAGGUAGCAAAUAAAUUAUCAAUGGCUAAACGUAAAGAAGAAAAUUUAGCUAUUAAUUCUGGUACAUUAUUGGAAGAAUCAAAUUUACGAUCAAAAUCAAUAAAAAAGAUUGUCAAACAAUUAUCACCGAUGAAAUCAACAAAUCGACAAUAUUAUCAAGAUCAAGAUGGUGGUGAAAUUGUUAAAGAAGGUAUUAUUAGUGGUGGUAAUCUUAUAUUCGAUAUUGAUUAUCCAUUAGCAUCGGAUUCAAUGAAAACAAUAUCCCGGCCAUAUAUUUAUUUAACAUCUGAUGUUGAAAUGAAAAAUAUUACCAAUGUUAUGUUUAAUGAAUGGCAUUUAUCAAUACCACGUAUUGCAUUAUUUUUACUUUCGGAUCCGGAUCAUUUUCGUACAUGGAAUAAUUCUAGACAAAUGUCUUCAUUUCGUACUGGUGUUAUGAAAGCAGCUAAAACAACAAGUAUGUGGCUAGUUACAAAUGGUCUUGAUAUUGGUGUUGGUAAACUAAUUGGUGAUGCAUUGAUUGAAGAACAAAAUGAAUUUCGUACAACAACAUUUGAAAAAUCAUCCAAAAAACAUUUCCCUGUAAUCGGUAUAACAAAUAAAUUUAAUCUUAGCUAUACACAAGAAUUUUUCGGUCCAAAUAUACAGCUAAGUAAACCGGGACCGAUACCAAAUCAACGUCGUUAUGAAUUAAAUCCAAUGCAUACAAAUUUUUUAAUUUUACAAAGUUCAAAUUCGGAUGAUUGUUAUCAUAAUCUUAUGAUUAAUUUUAUCGAUCAUUUAACCAAAAGAACUGUAUUGUCAACAGAACAAUUCUAUAAUGAUGAUGAUGAUAAUGAUAAUGAUCCACGAAAUUCAAAUAAUUUACCAUUAUAUCGUUCACAAUAUAUACCAUCAUCAUCUGGUGAUCAUCAUCAACGACAAUUCAGAAUUCGUCGACGAAAAGUUUAUUCAUCAUCAACAAAAACAUCGUCUAGAAAACCAUCAGAACAGGCAACCAAUUUAGAUAUAAUUGUUCGUCCAUCAUAUGGACAGAAAACCAAUUGUUUUGGUAUUGAUCAGGAUACUGUUGAUGCCGAAUCCGAUGAUAGUGUUGAUAGUGAUGGAAGAUUUGAUGAAGAUCAACAUUCAUUUAUUAGUCCAGAAGGUACAGUAAUUUAUGAAGAUGAUGUAAGCGGUGCUCGACCAAUGUCACCAAUGUUAGAAAAUGAUUCCAUUUCUAAACUGACAAAAGAUGCUAAUGAAAAAAUGAUACCAGUAGUAUGUUUAGUUAUACAAGGUGAUUAUCAAUGUGCAAAAUUAGUAUUGGAUAAUAUACGACGACAUAAUCCGAUUAUUGUACUUCGUGGUUCGGGUGGUUUUGCUGAUCUUCUUUCGUAUGCCUAUAUUGAAAUGCAACAUCGUUGUCGUGAUCUUUAUCAUGCAUGGGAUGCAGAAUUUGUUGAACAAACAUUAAAACCAUUAUUGGUACAAAAAAUCGUUCAACAAUUUCCUGAAUUUCGUAAUAAUGCAAUGGCAAGAAAUACAUUUCGUGAUCGAAUUAUUGAAUGUGUUCGUGAAUCAGGAUCACCACGUGGACGUGUAUUUUUAUCCAUAUUGAAUAUGCACAAUUCUAGCUGUGAUUUAACAAAUCUUUCUGAAUUUAUAUUAUUAUCAUUAUUUAAAUCACAAAAUCGUCGUGAUAAAUUAGAUUCAAGUUUAAUACGAAAAGAUCUUUAUCUAACAUUAGAUUGGAAUUGUCCAUUAGUUGCUUUGGAUGAAGUAUUAUCACGUAAUCCAUCAUAUAAUCUUCAAUUGGAAAAAUCAAUAUUUGAAUUAGCUGUAUUGAAAUCAAAUCGUGAAGAUUUUGUUGAUCUUUUCCUAACACAUGGUUUUAAAAUACAUAAAUAUUUAACACCAUUUCGUUUGAUACGUUUAAUACGAUAUAGUUUAUUGGAAUCGGAUUUUUUUCGUACUGUUUGUAUGGAAGCAAUUUUGGGUGUACCAGUAUGGUCAGAUAAUUUUGAAGAAUUAUUAGAACGAUUAGCAUCACCAAGUCAUUCGAAUAUUGAUCCGGAAAAAUUUAUAUCAAAUGAAUUUAAUCAUUUAAUAUUUACAACAACAUCAUUACAUGAUUUUGUUAGUCCACAAGAUAUGUGUUUAAAUAUUAUGGGAAUGUAUCAAGUUGAUGCCGGUUCAUCUGAACGUAAAGCAUUAGCUACAUUAGCUAUGUGGGCUGUUUUUAAUCGUCGAUUUAAAUUAGCUGAAAUUCUUUGGAAACAUUCUGAUCAACCAAUUCAUCUGGGAUUAAUAUUAUCAAUGAUAUUGGAUAGAAUGGCAUGGUUUAUACCUGAACAAAAUGUUAAAGAUGAUCUACAAGAUCAAUCAAAAAUUUUUGCAAAAUUUGCUAUCGAUGUAUUGGAUGCUUGUUAUCGUAAUGAUGAACAACGUGGUUAUGAUUUAUUGGAUCAAAAAAAUUCGGAUUGGGAUCAACAAACUGCUGUUGAUAUAGCAGCAAAUGGUAGUCAUCGUGCAUUUAUUGCACAUCCUUGUUGUCAAAAAUGGCUUACAAAUACAUUUAAUGGAAGAAUUCGUGUACGAGAAUUAAGCUGGGGUUUUUUAACAAUACCACCGGUUAUUAAAAUUAUUUUAUCAGCAUUUUUUAUAUUACCAAUGUAUAUUUGGAUCAGAUUUUUAGAUAUUAAUCAUAAAUGGACUGAACAUAAAACAAAAUUAUUAGAAGAAUUAAAUCAAGAUGGUGAUAAUUCAAAUGAUAGUAAUGAUGAUGAUGAUGAAUUUUUAGUUAAAGCUGCUGAUGAAUUAAAAUUAAUACCAUUAGAUUCAAAUCAUAAAGCAAUACGAAAUAUAAAUGAAAAUGGAAAAAAAUCCAGUUUAAUUGAACAAUUAUUUGAUAAUCAAUUAACAAUAUCAUCAUUAGAUGAAGAAGUACGUGUAGCAUUAACUCGAAUGAAUCGUAAAAGAAAAAAAUUACGUAAUGAACAGGAUGGUAAUAAGAAUAAGAAUAAAUCAUCAUAUGAUCGUGAACGAAAUAAUUUAUUUAUUGAUAAACAACCACCAUUAUUUAAAAUGAUUUAUUUAUUAUGGAAUUCACCCAUAACAAAAUUUUGGACAUAUCAUAUUUUUUAUAUUAUCUAUCUUGCACUUUUAAGUUUAGCAUUAAUAUGGCCUGGUUGUGGUGAAUGGCGUUUAGAUCUUACUGUUUGCAUAUGGACAUUUUUAAACAUAAUUGAACAUAUACGCCGUGUUUAUAUACUUUAUCGUCGUUAUACAUCGGUACCAAUGUUUUUUCGUAUACUUGAAUCAAUAUUGUUGAUAAUUUUCUGGUUAACAUAUACAUGGGGACGUGUGCUUAUUGUUUAUUCAUAUUCAAUACAUGGACAUCGUUUUUCACGUUAUAUUAUCGAUCCAUAUGGAAUGAAAGUUAUACUUAGUGCUGGUUUACUUUAUUUUUAUUAUCGUCUAUUUUAUAUCUAUCUGCCUAUUUCACCUACACUUGGUCCAUUAUUAUAUCGUUUUAAAUUAAUGGUAUCAGUGGAUUUUAUUCAUUUUAUGCGUAUGGCAUUAAUUUUAUUGAUUAGUUCGGGUAUUAUAAUACAGGCAUUAUUAUAUCCAAAUACUGAACUUAGUCGGGAAAUGUUUCAUAAAGCAUUUCAUCGUUCGAUUGUUUCAUUAUUUACAACACCUGUUGAUGAAUUAACACGUAAUUGUACGAUUAAACAACAACCACUACCAUCACCGACAGUCAUACCAAAAACGGAUAAUAAUAAUAAUAAUAAUGAUCCAUUUACAUCGAUGGCUAAUCUAACAUCAAUUUUUUUCCAAAGUGUUAUACUUGGAACCGAACCAUUGAUCGAACCGAUAAAUCGUGAAGAAUUAUGUCCAGUAAAACCGAUACCAAUGUCACAUUCAUGUCCAGUAUCCGGAUUUUGGUCAUAUGCAUUUACAUUUCAAUUUUUAAUCUGUUUAAAAUUGAUACUAAUGACAUUGCUAUAUGCAUUGUUUGCAUCGACAGCAACUAAAUUACAAACUGAAACAGAUAAUAUUUGGAAAUAUCAACGUUAUAUUUUAGUUAUUGAUUUUGCUAAUCGUCCUGCAUUACAUGCACCAUUAAGUAUAUUUAAAUUUGGUUAUGUUUUAUUGAAAUUUUGGAUGAAAAUAUUAACAUUUCCAUGUCGAUGUUGUCGUGAUCGAUUGAAAAAAAAUCGUAUCGGUGAUACAAUGGAUUCAUCGUCAUCACCAACAGCAACAAGAGGAGGAGGAGAUGGUGUAUUUCUUGUUCAAGAUGAUAAUAAUAAUGGUGAUGAUAAUUAUAAACAACGAUUAUCAAAAGAAGAUUAUAAUUAUUGGCGUCAUUUAGCUAAAACAAUUUAUGAUGAAAGACAACGUAAAGAAGAUGAAAAAGAUAUUAUGGGUAGACAAAAUGAAACUAUACAAUUAAUUUGUGAAGAAUUAGAACAUGAAAAAACAAUUUUACGUACGAUUAAAACCAAAAUGAAUGAAUUUGAACGAAUGAUGUAUCAGACACAAAUCUAUUUGGAAACAAUCAAACAUAUUGAUAAUACAACAAACAAUGUUGGCAAUAGUAUUAUUGGUGGUGAUUAUUGUCCAACAACAACAACAUUAAUACGACAGAAAAAACAAACAAUGCAAAUGAUUCAUCAUCGAUCAACAGCAAUAGAUUUGAAUCAAUCACAAUUAUUACAAACAAUCGGUAUACAUUAUUUGGCAAGAUUAUCACCAUAUGCUGGUACACGUAUACAACGAUUUCCUGUUGCCGAUAAAUUUGUUUCCUGGGAUAUAAUAUGGAUUAAUUAUGAUCCGGUUAUUUAUUCAAGAAAACGUGAAAAUUUCCCCACAACAUUAAAACAAUGGGUUGAUGAAGAUUUAUUAGCAUUAAAAGAACGUUUAAAAACAAUUGUAAAACGUAAUAGUAAUUCUACAAUUACAUCACAUUUACCCGUAUUUAAUUGGAAUGCUGUUUCGGUUAAUCCGGCCGGAUUUACUAUUGAUCGUCGUUCAUGGAUUAAAGAUGAUUUAGGACAAUGGGAUUUAUUGGAUUGUAAUCUAUCGCCGAAAAUUAUUUCCAAUGAAAUGGAUAAUAAUUUUAUUAUCUAUAAAUUGGAUGAAGAUUCAAUACCGAUGAAUAUUUGUGGCCGUACUGGAUUACGUGGUAAAGGAAAUCUACCACGUUGGGGACCUAAUCAUUAUGUAAUGUUAUUAAUAUCAAGAACAAGACUUAUUGGUGGUAUACAGAUAAAUGAAUUUGCUUUAGAAAGAAAAUAUAGUUCAUUAUUUGUACCAAUGAGAUUUAUUGGUGAUGAUAUUAUGUUUGGUGAUUUACGACAAUUAUUUCGUAUAUUUGAUAAAAAUUCUGGCCAUAAUAAAUGGAUAAAUGAUAAUGAUAUAUUGGAAUAUUUCAGAUCGAUUGAUCCACAAUUACAAUCAAUUAUACCAACACAAGCAUAUUAUAUGGAUAGUCCGGAUAAUACUGAUAAUGGUUGGAAAGAAGUUAAAGUUUAUCAUUUUCAUUUUAAUGAUAAAAUUGAUUGGAAAUUGACCGAUGCAAUGAUUAUGAAUCAAGAUGAUGAUAAUUCGAAUAAUGAUUAUCGAACAACAAAAUCCCAUUUAUCAUGGAUAACAUAUAAUGAAGAUAUGUUAGUACAGAUGCCAAUGGAACAGGUACAAUUUAUCGAUAUGGCUAUUCGAAUGAUUAAUAAUAAUUGGAAAACAUAAUAGUUUAUUUUUUUGUAAAAAAAUGAUUUUCUUUAAUAAAAAGCUUUGAUAUAUCCAAUA